AAGCAUGUCCUUCAGCUCUGGCCCCUGGAUGAAGGUACUGGUAGUCUGGUACAUGCAGCCGCACAGCAGCAGAGGACUGCUUUUCUUCUCGUGCGAUUCGCACGUGUAGCAUGCUCCAAGUCCAAAGAUUGCAUUUCUCGUAGAUCGCCACUCCCUCACAAUUAACAGAGAAAAGGGUUCCCCGUUGCAGUCAUCAUCUCCGUGCUUCUCGAUCUCAAAUGCCACUGUUCGUUCCCUCCAAAAUCCCCUGAUAAAUUUCGAUGAUGGAAGAUUAAAGUGUGCUCACCAAUAAACCCAAGCGGGAGCGGGACUUCAAGAAUGGCUUUCAUGGCGGUUCUGGAAUCAGAUCUACGCGCUUUGUCUGCUGAAGCUCGUCGCAGGUAUCCGGCCGUCAAGGACGGUGCGGAGCACGCAAUUCUGAAGCUCCGUUCAUUGUCUAGUCCUAGUGAAAUUGCUCAAAAUGAGGAUAUACUGCGUAUCUUCCUGAUGGCUUGUGAGGUUAAAUCUGUAAAGCUAAGUGUCAUUGGACUUUCCUGUCUGCAAAAGCUGAUAUCUCAUGAUGCUGUUAUGCCAUCAGCUCUGAAGGAGAUUCUGCUUACUCUCAAAGAUCAUGCUGAAAUGGCUGAUGAGAAUGUGCAGUUUAAGACCCUACAAACUAUACUUAUUAUAUUGCAGUCACGUCUACAUCCUGAAAGUGAGGAAAAUAUGGCUCAGGCUCUUGAUAUCUGUCUCAGGCUUCUUGAGAACAACAGAUCUUCUGACAGUGUGCGCAACACUGCUGCAGCUACCUUCAGGCAAGCUGUUGCCUUGAUUUUUGAUCAUGUUGUCUCUGCUGAGUCACUUCCUGCUGGCAAGGUUGGUUCUGGGAGUCACAUCUCUCGGACCAGUUCUGUCACUGGUGAUGUUAGUCGCAGUAUCAACCAAUCAGACACUGACAGGUCCUUGGAGAGAGAAUUUGUCUCCGGACGGCCAUUAUUGAUGCGGGAGAGCCUAAGUAACGCAGGAAAACUUGGGCUUCGUUUACUCGAAGACCUGACAGCUCUUGCUGCAGGUGCAUCUGUAAUCUGGCUACGUGUCAACUCUCUUCAACGGACAUUUGCACUUGAUAUACUUGAAUUCAUUCUGUCAAAUUAUGUGUCUAUCUUUAGAACCUUGGUUGCAUAUGAACAGGUCUUGCGUCAUCAGAUAUGUUCACUUCUCAUGACUAACCUUCGUACCAACGUUGAGGUUGAAGGGGAAGCAGGAGAACCAUCAUUCCGUCGAUUGGUCUUGCGGUCAGUUGCCCAUGUUAUAAGGCUUUAUAGUACGUCUCUUAUCACUGAAUGUGAGGUUUUCCUCAGCAUGUUAAUAAGGUUUACAUCUCUUGAUUUGUCACUAUGGCAUCGGAUUCUUGUCCUUGAAGUUCUGAGGGGCUUCUGUGUGGAGGUUAGGACAUUGCGUCUUCUUUUCCAGAAUUUUGACAUGGACCCUAAGAACACCAAUGUUGUGGAGGGUAUGGUGAAAGCUCUUGCUCGAGUUGUAUCAAGUAUACAGGUUCCAGACACAAGUGAAGAAAGCCUUGCAGCCGUUGCAGGAAUGUUUAGCAGUAAAGCUAAAGGAAUUGAGUGGAGUCUGGACAAUGAUGCAUCUAAUGCUGCUGUUGUCGUUGCCAGUGAAGCUCAUGCAAUAACAUUGGCAGUUGAAGGCCUAUUGGGUGUUGUUUUUACAGUGGCUACUUUGACAGAUGAAGCUGUAGAUGUUGGGGAGCUUGAAUCUCCUAGAUGUGUUAGUGAUCCACCGGGAAAAUAUACUGGGCAAACUGCAAUUCUCUGCAUAUCAAUGGUUGAUUCUAUGUGGUUAACCAUCCUGGAUGCUCUAUCCCUGAUUUUGACCAGGUCACAAGGAGAAGCUAUCAUAUUAGAAAUAUUGAAAGGAUAUCAGGCAUUUACUCAGGCUUGCGGGGUUCUACGUGCUGUUGAACCAUUAAACUCUUUUCUGGCAUCCCUAUGCAAAUUUACUAUCAAUAUUCCAACUGAAGUUGAAAAAAGGAGCAAUGUUCCACUAACUCCUAGUUCAAAGCGUUCUGAACUUCUAGUUGAUCAGCGAGAUAGCAUUGUUCUUACCCCUAAAAAUGUGCAGGCAUUGAGGACUCUCUUCAACAUAGCUCAUCGAUUACAUAAUGUGUUGGGCCCAUCAUGGAUUUUGGUUCUGGAAACCCUAGCUGCUCUAGAUCGAGCAAUCCAUUCACCACAUGCAACCACACAGGAAGUUUCUACUGCUGUUCCAAAGCUUACAAGAGAAAUUUCUGGCCAAUAUAGUGACUUCAACAUUCUUUCUUCUUUAAAUUCCCAACUGUUUGAGAGCUCAGCACUGAUGCACAUAUCUGCAGUUAAGUCACUUCUUUCUGCACUACAUCAGUUAUCAAGUCAAUGCAUGCCUGGAAAUUCAAGUAGUUUUUCACAAACAUCAAAUCAGCAAAUUGGAAGCAUUAGCUUUUGUGUGGAAAGGAUGGUAUCGAUACUUGUAAAUAACCUUCACAGAGCAGAGCCCCUGUGGGAUCAAAUUGUUGGCCAUCUUCUUGAGCUUGCAGAUAAUUCUAAUCAGAAUCUGCGAAAUAUGGCACUUGAUGCAUUAGAUCAAUCAAUUUGUGCUGUUCUAGGAUCUGAUCACUUUCAACGCUUUACGCUUCCUGAUGACCAUCUUGAAAAUUACCAGAUGGAGAACCCAGACACCGAACUAGGAUUAUUUGAAUGUGCUGUCAUAUCCCCAUUAAGGUUUCUCUACGUUUCUAGUCAAAAUAUUGAUGUCCGUGCUGGAUCAUUGAAAAUUUUGUUGCAUGUUCUAGAGAGACAUGGGGAGAAGUUAUACCAUAGUUGGCCAAGUAUUCUCGAAAUGUUGAGGUCUGUUGUCAAUGCAGCAGAGAAGGAUCUUAUUUCAUUGGGUUUUCAGAGCCUACGUGUUAUUAUGAAUGACGAGCUCUCAACCAUACCUGCAAACUGCCUCGAUGUAUGUAUAGAAGUUACAGGAGCUUACAGUGCACAAAAGACAGAAUUGAACAUAAGCUUGACAGCAGUAGGCCUCCUCUGGACCACAACUGAUUUUAUUGCCAAAGGACUCCAGGUGCAAGCUGGAGAGAAGGACUUAGGAAUGCUUGAUAUACAAUUUACUCCAAGGAAGAUAGACUCUGAAAAUAUGGAAGGACAGGUUCCCUUGAUAAAUGCAGUUGAUUGUGACAAGUUGCUAUUUUCGGUUUUCUCUUUACUUCAAAAGCUUGGAGCUGAUGAGAGACCAGAGGUAAGGAACUCUGCAAUUCGGAUGCUUUUUCAGACUCUUGGAAGUCAUGGACAGAAACUUUCAAGGACCAUGUGGGAGGAUUGCCUUUGGAAUUACGUUUUUCCUACAUUAGAUUGUGUUUCUCACAUGGCAGCAACUUCAUCAACUGAUGAAUGGCAAGGGAAAGAACUUGGAACCCGACGAGGAAAAGCAGUUCACAUGCUUAUACAUCACAGUCGUAAUACAGCUCAAAAACAGUGGGAUGAGACACUUGUAUUGGUUUUAGGUGGAAUUGCACGCAUCCUACGCUUCUUUUUCCCUUUCUUGAGAAGUUUAAGCAACUUCUGGUCAGGAUGGGAGUCUUUGCUGCUCUUUGUAAGGAAUAGCAUUUUAAAUGGUAGUAAAGAGGUGGCCCUUGCAGCAAUAAAUUGUUUACAAACAACUGUUAUUUCACAUUCUCCUAAGGGAAACUUGCCGAUGCCUUACCUGAAGUCUGUGGUUGAUGUUUAUAAGUUUGUUCUUCAAAGCUCUCCAAAUUAUAGUGGAAAUGCAGCGGACAAGGUGAAGCAGGAAAUUCUGCAUGGUCUUGGUGAACUAUAUGUACAGGCUCAGAAUAUGUUUGACAAUGGAAUGUAUAGACUGUUGCUAGAAAUCAUACUUUUAGCUGUCAAACAGCCCAAGAGUAUCACUGAUAAUGUGGAAGCAGAAAUUGGACAUGUUCCACCAGUUCAGCGUACCAUGCUGGAAAUUCUACCACAGCUUCGUCCACCUGAGCACCUCCCUUCAAUGUGGUCACAUUUUCUAUCUGAGCUUUUGAAUUACCUUCCUGGAUUUGAAUCUCCUUCACAAAAAGAUGGUGAUACAGAACAAGCCGGCAGCAAAGAUCACCACCCAGAAAUUGUAGGAAUGACACCUCAACUGGAUGUCAAUUCUGUUUCAAACAAAGACAGUAUUGAAGAUUCAAAAAAUGUUCCCAUAGAAAAUCAGAAUACGAUGAAUUCUGGUGUUCCUAAUGAUUCUGAUUCUGCAAUUAAGGAUAUAGUGGCAAGCAUGCAAAGUUAUAUAUUUGGGGAAAAGCUUAUCCCAGUACUGGUAGACCUUUUUCUUUUAACUCCUGCUGUAGAAAAAUACAAGAUGUUUCCUGAAAUUAUUCAAGGUCUUGGAAGGUGUAUGACAACAAGAAGAGAUAACCCUGAUUGCACACUUUGGAGAUUAGCUGUUGAAGGCUUCAACCGUAUUCUUAUUGAAGAUGUCAUCAGGGAAAGCAUGGAUUUUGGUCCAGAUUCAGAUAUAAUUCAACCUCUUAGAAUACGUCUCUGGAAAGAAAUUGCUGAUGUUUAUGAAGUAUUCCUCAUGGGUUCUUGCGGCCAUGCUCUUCCUUCCAACAGUGUCUCACUGGUGGCACUCAAGGCUGAUGAAUCUCUUGAGAUAAUCAUUUUAAAUGUUUUGGGUGACAAGAUUCUCAAGACAAAAACUGAUGCUCCUACAGAUAUUUUACAACGACUGGUUACCGUUCUGGACCGUUGUGCAUCCCGAACAUGCUGUUUACCAUUAGAAACUGUAGGACUUAUGCCCCCUCACUGCAGCAGGUUCUCCCUGACUUGCUUACAAAAGUUAUUUUCUUUGUGCAGUUAUAACAGCCAAGCCAAUGAUUGGAACUCACAGAGAUCUGAAGUUAGCAAAAUCUCAAUCAUCGUACUCGUAGGCAGAUGCCAAUACAUAUUGGACAGGUUCCUGAUAGACGAGAAUGACUUAGGUGAGUCUCCAUUGCCAACAGUGAGAAUUGAAGAAGUUAUUUACGUCCUCCAAGAGCUGGCACGGCUUGUAAUUCAUUCUGAUACAGUAGAUGUUCUUCCACUACAACAGUAUUUGAAAGAGGGUCUAACCAGGAAUGAGAAUCGUGCACAUCUGCUUGUUCUGCUUCCAUCCUUUUGUGAACUUGUUGUUUCAAGGGAAGCAAGAGUUAGAGAGCUCGUCCAAGUGUUGCUCAGACUCAUUGCCACGGAGUUAGCACUCCAAAAGGUCAAUUUAGACAGUUGACUCGUGGAAGAAUGGUAUUUUAUGAAACCCAAUGCCUGUGUGUAGAUUAUGUUGCCUCUUUGCAGAGGAAUUUUUCUAAUCCUCAGUUUGAUGUGAAGUGUAAUUUGUCUGAUAUUUUGUAAAUUAGAAGAGAAAUGUAGAAAGUUGGCAUGAGGUGUCUAAAUUCUCUUAGUGUUUCUUUUUCAUUUUUCUAUUGUAUCCAAGCCGGCGGCCAUGUGGAUAAUGAGGAUGAGUUUGUAUUAGGCUACUAUUAGCUGCUCCCUCUCCCUCUCUCUCUCUCUCUCUCUCUCUCAAAACAAACAUUCCUAACUUCCUUACCAGGUUUAGGGGAAAAAACAUAAAUUAGUUACAUGUUCUUCGCUACAUAUUGUAUUUCUUGUCUACGAAGUUUAAAAUCUAAAAUUAGAACGUGUUUUUAAA